AUGGACCUCGCUGAAGGAUUAAUCAUUUCAUUGCUUCUUCAGCUUACCAUCUCUCUUCAUCUCUGUUCUUCAUCUACAGACACCUUGAAUUUCAACGAAUCCCUUGCAGACGGUCAAGUGCUAGUCUCCAAUGGAGAAAGCUACACUCUUGGUUUCUUCAGCCCUGGGAAUUCAAGCAAUCGAUACCUUGGAAUUUGGUACACCAAAGUUUCGGUACAAACCGUGGUUUGGGUCGCGAACAGAGACAACCCGAUCAACGAUGCUUCCGGAUCGCUCUUGAUCGAUACUCGAGGGGCCGUGGUUCUGCAACGGGCAAGGAGGAACUCUACUCCUCUGUGGUCUACGAAUGUCUCUGCCGAAGGGAAUUUUACGGCUAAGCUAUUGGAUGAAGGUAAUUUUAUCCUGGUUCGACCGGAUGGGAAGACGGUUAUAUGGCAGAGCUUUGAUCACCUAACGGACACCAUCUUCCCGAACAUGAAGUUCGGGUUGGACCGCAGAACGGGACUGAACAGAUCGAUUCGGUCGUGGAAGUCGCCCGACGAUCCUGCCAUGGGAGAUUGGUCCUACUACUUGGACCCGACCGGGGUGCCUCAGAUGAUCCUGCAAAACGGUCGGACCAAACGGGUGAGGUUCGGACCAUGGAACGGCAUCCGCUGGAAUGGGGUUCACGAGACAUCCACUACUUUCAAGUUCAACACAAUUGUUGUAGACGUGGAUAGCGAGACGACGGUGGUUUGGAAGAUCCAAAACCCGGCAGUCAUAUCGAGGAUGUACGUGGACUCGUCGGGGUUCACGAAACUCGCCACGUGGCAAGAUCAGGAUCGUCGGUGGAUCGAUUUCGGGUCCGCUCCAAAGGACCCGUGUGAUUACUAUGGACGAUGUGGGCCGAACGGGAACUGUGACCCUUUCAAUGCAGGGGAGCUGGAGUGCAGGUGCCUCCCCGGGUUCCAACCGAAGGAUCCGGACAGCUGGUACGUAAGGGAUGGUUCGGGUGGGUGCGUCAGGAAACGGUCAGGAAAUUCGACUUGUGGUAAUGGCGAAGGAUUCGUGAAGUUGGAAAAUGCUAAAAUUCCUGAUACAUCGUUUGGGCGAUUGAACGAUGGUGUGGAUUUGGAUAUUUGUGAACGGGAAUGCUUGAUGAACUGUUCUUGUAUGGCUUACGCGAGUUCUAAUUUGACGAGUGGAGUCGGGUGCGUUACAUUUUACGGAGAUUUGAUGGAUACCAGAGUGUUUGCUGAUGGUGGCCAGGACUUGUACGUGCGAGUGGAUGCAAUCGAGUUGGGAACUAAAGGAGACACCAAUCAUAUUACCCUUGGAACGGAGUAUGACGAUGAGAAAGAAAACUUGUAUGAAGACAAGGAAUCACACGUACAAAUUUUCGACGUAAAUGGCAUAUUUGCUGCAACAAAACAAUUUUCUUUAGCCAACAAGCUUGGACAAGGCGGCUUUGGGUCUGUGUACAAGGGUUUGCUAUCCGACGGGCGAGAAGUAGCUGUGAAAAGAUUGUCACGAACUUCGAGGCAAGGAGUCCAGGAGUUCAAGAAUGAAGUGAGACUAGUGUCCAAACUCCAGCACAAGAAUCUUGCAAGGCUUCUUGGUUGUUGCAUUCAUGGAGAGGAGAAGAUGUUGGUCUAUGAGUACUUGCCAAACAAAAGUUUAGACUUCUUCAUUUUUGAUAAAACCAAAGGCUCGUUAUUGGAUUGGAAGAAGCGGUUUGAUAUCAUUAUCGGAAUCGCUAGGGGUUUGAUGUACCUACACCAAGAUUCCAGGUUGAAGAUCAUCCACAGAGAUCUAAAGCCUAGCAAUAUUCUACUUGAUGCCGCAAUGAACCCCAAAAUUUCGGACUUUGGAAUGGCUAGGUUGUUUGGAGAAGAUCAAACAGAAGCCAAUACCAUUAGAGUUGUUGGAACAUAUGGAUACUUGUCGCCAGAGUAUGCGAUGAAAGGUCUAUAUUCAACGAAAUCAGAUGUCUUCAGCUUUGGUUUGGGUAGUUGCCCUGCAGGUGUGGGUACCCUCCUGGCACGUGAGUUGCCCCGUACGGAAUCUCCCCGCCAGCUGGUUCCCGGUAGUCCACCCUCCUGUACUGCUGGGCCGUCGGGUUCCGGCGAUGCCCGGUUCGUCCCACUUCCGGCCGACCCAGACCGCCCCGGCGCCGCCACUCCUCCUUCGGCGGCCGUGCCGCCUCCACCUGCCGGGACCACCGCCGCCGAGCCCUCGCCGCCGGCUCCGCCUGCCCCGUCCCCCGCCGACGAGCCCGCGCCCCCAGUGGCGCCGCCGCCGCCCCCUCCUGCUCGCCCUAAGACCUCAGCCACCAUCGCCUUCAGCUCCCCAAUGGCGAGCCACACCCUCUGCGACUCCACCUCCCGGGCUCGCGCGUGUGGGACUUAUGGAGAGAAGGAAGAGCAUUGGAGAUAG